CAGUUGAUGAUGGGUGGUAAUAGAAGCAGUCAAUGGAAAGUCUCCUUCAGAAAAAGGAGAGAUAAGUCGAAUCCUUAAGCACCCACGUGCUUACUGGCCAUGUCAUCAGGGAAAAUGGGCGGUUUGCUCAUCCAGCUUGGGUCAGGAUUAUAACCAACCACCCCCAACGCACUGGGGGUAUAAAUAUUGGCGGUGCGUCUCUAUUCAGCCUCAGCGCACAGUCUUGUUACGCCCAGAUCAGUCUGUUAGAGAAGCUGAGACUCGUGUUGAAGGAGUGCCGAGCAGAAAGUCAAAGAGUUAAAUCUCAGCCCACUGCCCUUUGUUUUAUUCUAAAAUCGUUUGGGGUUGAAAUAAGGCCAUGUCAGUGGUGAGCGCAGUGCCGUUCAUGAAGCCGCUCCACAUGCGCUCUCCGGUGCACCAGGGCCGCCGCCACACGCUGCCGGCCAGCGAGUUCCGCUCCCUCAGCCCGGAGGAUGCCAUCAGUGUGUUUGAGAUUGAGAGAGAAGCCUUCAUCUCAGUAUCCGGUGAGUGUCCUCUCCACCUGGACGAGGUGCGUCACUUCCUCACCCUGUGUCCCGAGCUGUCUCUUGGCUGGUUCGAGGAGGGACGUCUGGUGGCUUUUAUCAUCGGCUCACUGUGGGACCAAGAGAGGCUUACCACCGACGCCCUGACUCUCCAUAAGCCUCAUGGCACCACCGUCCACAUCCACGUCCUGGCUGUCCACCGGACCUUCCGCCAGCAGGGUAAAGGCUCCAUCCUGAUGUGGCGGUACCUGCAGUACCUCUGCUGCCUGCCUUACGUCCGCCGCGCUGUGCUCAUGUGUGAAGACUUCCUGGUUCCUUUCUACCAGAAGUUGGGUUUCAAGGUGCAGGGCCCCAGUGAGAUCACAGUUGGCCCCCUCACCUUCAUCGAGUUGUUCUACCCCGUCAGGGGCCACGCCUUCAUGCGCCGUAACAGCGGUUGUUGAGGACAGUGGGACUUCAUAUGGAUUGUUUCUUGUCGUCAGUGGUACCACUGGGUCCGGUUCAGCGGACAGCGAGGUGCUGUCUCUUUCACUGUCGCUCUGCAAAGGGAGGAAAACAGAGCUUCCAUCCAGCUGUUUGAAUAGAUGGUCUGAAACCAAAGAAAACCUGGUUAUGUUUUUAGUUUGUCUAGGACACAAAAACUAAAAGCAAAGCCCGAAAAGAAUGUAGGCAGUCAUUUCAGUUUUGUUUGUAUAAUACUAUUUAUUUUUUGUGAUAAAUGCUGGACGUUUGUUAUAUCCAGUAGAACGCAGCUGCCUUUCUUCUGUCUUUGUCCUCCUUUUCAUAUUUUCUCACAUAUUUGUAGCUUCUAUAAAGCCAAAAAGGACAGAUCAAUAAAAUCAGUAUAUGCCCAUUAUUUGUAAAUAUUUAUAGUUUUGUAUAAACAGUAUUUAACAGAAGACAGAGGGUAUUAUAGUUUAAAAUCCCAAAUACAAUCAGUAUGUUUAUAGAGUAUAGAAUCCAGUAUGUGUUUUCUGAAUUUCUCUAAGUCUCCUCUUGCCUUCACCCUUGUAGACAAUCACCACCUCUCCCUCCCAAAGUCUUGACCAUGUAUUGCUCUUAAAAUAAUAAAGAUUUUAUUUUCUAACAUGUUUGCUUUUAGGACAUCUCAUUUGCCAUCUAGCAAAAGUCAUUUUACCAGUUGUUGAGACAUCUAAGGUGCAUUUAGUGGGCAUUUCAAUCAUUUGACACAAUCUUCAUCAGCAGAUGGAAUUUGCAAAUGUUCCGAUUUCCUUUUUUUGCCAAGUGUUUGAGAAUUCUCUUCCAUAGCAGUUGAGACUGCAACUAUGCUCAACCUUAGAAUCAACAGUUCAGAACCACAUUCGGCCAUUUAGUGGCUGUUCUGCAGCUUUAAGUCAUUCUGCGUGUUAAUGAAAUUGUGUUUACAUACUAUGUUGUACACACACACACAACCUCAUUAUUACCAGAGCGACAUUUAUGUUGACAAAACUGACACGCACAUAUAAAACAAACAAAAUAACAGUACCUUCACCAUGAACUGGAAAUCAUCUUAAACUCCCUUUUUAUUCCAAUAAAUUUAAAAAAAGGGUAAAAUUAUUUGGUCCCAAUGCAAACACAGCUUUGUAAUUGCUGUGUGACUGAAAAAUGGCUAUGGUUCACAUGCUUACAAGUCCAAAGGCACAGUAAAGAGGUUUCCUAAAAAGAAAAAGGAAACAA